GGAUGGUGCCUUGUCAUGAAGGCUGGGGAAGACACGGUUACAUACUGCAGGAACCAGCCUACCUGCCUGCAUCUGAGGGUUUCUGCUAGACAUUCACCUGCAGGUGCCUUGCUAGCUGUUCAGGUUAAAGAACUCGUUCUUGACAACUGUAGGUCAUACGAAGGCAAAAUCGAAGGCCUCACAGAUGAGUUUGAAGAGCUGGAAUUCUUAAGUACAAUCAACGUAGGCUUAACCUCAGUUGCAAACUUACCAAAGUUAAACAAACUUAAGAAGCUCGAGCUAAGUGACAACAGAAUCUCAGGCGGACUGGAAGUGUUGGCAGAAAAGUGUCCGAACCUCACGCAUCUAAAUCUAAGCGGCAACAAAAUAAAAGAUCUCGGUACAAUAGAACCUCUGAAAAAGUUAGAAAACCUGAAGAGUCUAGAUCUUUUCAAUUGCGAGGUAACCAACUUGAACGAUUAUAGAGAAAAUGUAUUCAAGCUCCUCCCGCAACUCACAUACCUCGAUGGCUACGAUCGGGAUGACAAAGAAGCACCGGACUCUGAUGCAGAGGGCUACGUGGAGGGCUUAGACGACGAGGAGGAAGAUGAAGAUGUCUUAUCUCUAGUGAAAGAUCGGGAUGACAAAGAAGCACCGGACUCUGAUGCAGAGGGCUACGUGGAGGGCUUAGACGACGAGGAGGAGGAUGAAGAUGAAGAGGAGUAUGAUGAUGAUGCUCAGGUAGUAGAAGAUGAAGAAGACGAGGAGGAAGAGGAGGAAGGAGAAGAGGAGGAUGUGAGUGGAGAAGAGGAGGAGGAUGAAGAAGGCUACAACGAUGGUGAAGUAGAUGACGAUGAAGAUGAAGAAGAGCCCGAUGAAGAACGGGGACAGAAAAGAAAACGAGAGCCUGAAGAUGAAGGGGAUGAAGACGACUAAACUGAAUAACCUAUUUUGAAAAUUUC